AUGCUUAGAAACGUUGCUCGUAUUGCUCGUCCCGCAUUGAACCGCAGUGUAUUACCCGCUGCUCGCCUCAAUCUCGGUGCCGUUGCUACCAUGGCUCGUACUUACGCUUCUGCCAAGCCUUCUACUUCUGAAGUCUCUUCCAUCCUUGAACAACGUAUUUUGGGUGCUAACUCUGAAGUUGACCUUCAAGAAACUGGUCGUGUCUUGUCCAUUGGUGAUGGUAUUGCCCGUGUUUAUGGUUUGAAGAACUGUCAAGCUGAAGAAAUGGUUGAAUUCUCCAGUGGUCUUAAGGGUAUGGCCCUUAACUUGGAACCCGAUAACGUCGGUAUCGUCGUUUUCGGUAACGAUCGUUUGAUCAAAGAAGGUGAUACCGUCAAGCGUACCGGAGCCAUUGUCGACGUUCCUGUCGGUCCCGGUAUUUUAGGCCGUGUCGUCGAUGCCCUUGGUAACCCCAUUGAUGGUAAGGGUCCUCUUCAAACUGAAGGUCGUUCUCGUGUCCAAGUCAAGGCUCCUGGUAUUUUGCCUCGUCACUCUGUCAAUGAGCCUAUGCAAACUGGUAUCAAAUCUGUUGAUUCUAUGGUUCCUAUCGGUCGUGGUCAACGUGAAUUGAUUAUCGGUGAUCGUCAAACUGGUAAGACUGCCGUUGCUCUCGAUACCAUUUUGAAUCAAAAGAACUGGAACAAUGGUAGUGAUGAAUCCAAGAAGUUAUACUGUAUCUACGUUGCUGUUGGUCAAAAGCGUUCCACUGUUGCUCAGCUUGUUAGAACUUUGGAAGAAAAUGAUGCCAUGAAGUACUCCAUCGUUGUUGCUGCUACUGCCUCUGAAGCCGCUCCUCUUCAAUACCUCGCUCCUUUCUCAGGUGCUGCCAUUGGUGAAUGGUUCCGUGACAAUGGUCGUCACUCCUUGAUCAUCUAUGACGAUUUGUCCAAGCAAGCUGUUGCUUACCGUCAAAUGUCUCUCUUGCUUCGUCGUCCUCCUGGUCGUGAAGCCUAUCCUGGUGAUGUCUUCUACCUUCACUCUCGUCUUUUAGAACGUGCCGCUAAAAUGAAUAAGAACUUUGGUUAUGGUUCCAUGACUGCUCUUCCCAUUAUCGAAACUCAAGGUGGUGAUGUCUCUGCUUAUAUUCCCACUAAUGUCAUUUCCAUUACCGAUGGUCAAAUUUUCUUGGAAGCCGAACUCUUCUUCAAGGGUAUCCGUCCUGCUAUUAACGUCGGUCUUUCCGUCUCUCGUGUCGGUUCUGCUGCUCAAACCAAGGCCAUGAAACAAGUUGCUGGUUCUAUGAAGCUUUUCUUGGCUCAAUACCGUGAAGUUGCUGCCUUUGCCCAAUUCGGUUCUGAUUUGGAUGCUUCCACUCAAUUCUUGUUGAACCGUGGUGCUCGUCUCACUGAAUUAUUGAAGCAACCUCAAUACUCUCCUCUUUCUAUUCAAGCUCAAGUUCCUAUCAUCUUUGCUGGUGUUAAUGGUUAUCUCGAUAAGAUUCCCGUCAACAAGGUUACUGAAUGGGAAAAGGACUUCAUUAGCCACGUUGCCACUCAACACAAGGACGUCCUUGAAGAAAUUCGCGCCCAAGGUGUCCUUUCGAAGGACCUUGAAGCCAAGCUUCGUGAAGUUUGUGAGAAUCACACCAAGCAAUUCUAUUAG